CAGAGCAACCACACACGCACGCACUACACUCGGAGUGCUCGGAGUCGUUUUCUCAUUCGGCAAUCCGCUGUGCUACUCUCGACCAGGCGCCAUUACGACACGAAAAUGGCAGAGUGCUCAGUACGGAUCGCAAGUGCCUAAAUUACCUGCCACUGUCGUCUAAAUCCUGGCUGCAAGUAAUACGUUUUUCCUCAAGCCAAGUGCAUCGACUGAUUCUGCGAGUUCCGGACGUUAUGAUACUGCAUUAUCAAUCAGAUUGUUUACUAUAACAAAAGAGAAAAUAUGGCACCACGACGAGCUGAGGAUAUUCCUCUAAAGAGGGUGGCAGCACUAGGCUGUCGCCUACCAUCUCGUCUUCCUGCUGGUGAAAUUUUAACAGAUAUCAAACAAAAUUCUUGGAGGUUGGGAGACUCCAUAGGUUGUGGAGGUUUUGGAGAUGUUUAUUUAGCUUCAGAUGACAUUCACAAGCCUGUUGGCCCAAAUGCAAAGUAUGUCAUUAAAAUUGAACCACACAACAACGGGCCACUGUUUGUUGAAAUGAACUUUUAUAUACGAGCUGCCAAAAAGCAAAUGAUUGAGAACUGGUGUAAAGAGCAAAAUCUGCGUCAAGUAGGCAUACCAUCGUAUGAGGGUUCAGGCUCUCAUGUUUAUCAAGGUGAAAAGUACAGAUUUUUAGUAAUGCCCCGAUAUGGAACAGAUGUGGGAAAACUUUUUACUUCAAACGGUCGUAAACUAUCAAACAAGCUUAUCAACAGCCUUGCUGUUCAAAUGUUGUAUGCAUUAGAGUACAUACAUAGUCAAGGUUAUGCUCACUCUGAUAUAAAAGGAGCAAAUAUCUUGCUAAAGAAGAAUAGCCAGGAAUAUCGUUCAGAGCUUGAAAAGACUCAGGCAUUUCUUGUUGACUUUGGUUUGGCAUACAGAUACCGGACUAGCAAUGGUGUGCACAAACCAUUUUUACAUGAUGAGAGAAGAGCUCACGAAGGAACACUAGAAUUCACUUCUCGUGACGCGCAUCAUGGCACACACUCAAGAAGAGGAGACUUGGAGACUUUAGGAUACAAUCUACUUCAGUGGCUAUGUGGAAGAUUGCCUUGGGAAAAGGAAGAUGGUGGUUUGGCUCCAUCUGCUGACCCUGAUGAAAUUCAUGCUCAAAAAGAAAAGUAUUUUGAGAAUGUCGACGGUUUCAUGAAGGAAUGUUUCAAAGACAAAAAACCACCCGAGAACAUAACAAACUACAUGAAAUACAUUUCCAAUCUGAAGUUUGAAUCCAGACCGGAUUACGCGUAUCUCCGAAGUCUGUUCCGUCAAGAUAUGAGUUUCGAGAGUCUUUUUGGAAAGCGAAUGUCCUAUGCCAAUGAAAAUUCCUCACCCGUCAAAACCUCCAAGAGACAGUGUUUACGAGAGCGGAAACCUUGUAGGCCAGUCAACGGCGAGGUAAGAGUAACGCGAAAUACACAGCCGCCGGCGGAGCACGAGAAAAAGGAAAGCGACUUUAGCUGGGAGGCCGUGUUGGCCUGUCACCCGGACAAGCUGGCAAAAAUUAGUGCUCAGCCGCCGUUGUCGCCGCUCACCCCUCCACCGUCGCCGCCGCCCCCGACGCUCCCCACCUACGCCAUGCUAGCAGUGCUGCAGAAGAUGAAGGAGCGACAAACUGGUUUGGUGAGGCAGCGAACGAAUUCAAAGUCUUCCGACAAUGAACUUAAAGCGAAAUGGAUGACACCGGCGAUGGAAGAAGUGGCUCAAUUAAGGAAAAAGAGUUUGGAGCAGCUCGAUGCGAAUGCCAACGAAACUAAAAGACUUACGCGCUCUCGUGUAGCGCAGCUUAAAAGUAAAAACAAGUCGGCGAAGAGGUCGCUGCAGACUGACCCAAGGAACAGUGGAAAGAAGAGAAAACUGUCCUACUAAGUUUUGACAAUUUCGCAGUAAGCAAUUAGAAUUGGAAAAUCAGAUCGAUCGUAAAGAAAUUGAAAAUCUUUCGUAUAAAAAUAAUGUGUAAGUAUUAAUGACUAGGAUAGAUUUUUGACGUUCCUGCGAGAGGAAAAACAAGACUCGCGUGAUUCUCGCCACUUUUUCGUAAGACUGCCUUACCAACGCUACUUUCAGAGCCUUGGUGAUCAAAAAUCCCAAUAAGCCCCCCCCCUACCUUCCUUUUUUACCAAUCCUCUUUACACAUGUCAUUAUUUUAUCGUUUUAUUAUUUUAAUAUACACGUUUUUUUAUAGUUUCAUUAAUUAUGUAUAAAUUAAACGAUGAAGAAUUUGUAGAAAAAUUAAAGCUUGCGCUUUAUUUUCCGUUUUUCGCUACUAAGUUUUAACUGUUUAGUUGGUAACUAAUAUUAUGUAAAUCACGGUGAAGUCAACAAAGCGGACGGCCGGAAUCGCAGGCCAACAUUACUUAGCAUUUUUUUAGGUAGUGAUCGUACAUAAGUGAUUGAAUCGGAAACUGCAGAGAUUCUCGGAUAACUCCUCAAGAGUUGGAUGAAGCGAAAUUAAACUCGGAACUUCCAGUCUCGUUGGCGUAGAAGCUUUAUGUUUCCCUUUCAACGUAUUAUCUGAAUUAAUUUUUUGUAAAUAGGAAGUAAACUACCUUACUUUAUCUCUUCUUUUGUGAUAACUGUAUAUUAACUGUUAAGUUGAGCGUACCUGUGCCACGUAAUGAAAUGAAGAAUAAAAGAAAAAAUAAAUAAGUGAAAGAAUCUUAUGUACUGUAUUAUCACGUGCGCGACCGAGUUUGGUUUGGCGAUAGAGUAAAGCGCUGUAUACGGCCGAGAGACACGUAUACUUAUACUAUAAUAGAAAGAGAUGGUCGAGUUGAGGCAAGCGGAAAUAAAAAAGUUAUACAAAAAAAUUCGUAGGAUACAAAGGUUAUGUAGCUCCAUUUUUUUAAUUACUAGAAGAACUCUAUUUGAUAACGAUAUGCGUAGGAUUCUUUUGUACAUUUCAACCUUUAUCUCGCUUAUCAUGUAAUAUGUCAUAUUGUAUUACGGAAAUAUAGACUCACACACACACACACACCACA